AUGGCUUCCAAGACUUUGGUUCUGUUAGGUCUCUUUGCAUUUCUUCUCGUCGUUUCAGAAAUGGCUGUGGCUUCACGGCAGUUGGAGAGUGAGGAAACUGUGCAACCUGAAGGAUAUGGCCACGGCGGCCAUGGAGGUUACAACGGAGGAGGGGGACACAACGGGGGAGGAGGAUACAACGGUGGAGGAGGACACCACGGAGGUGGAGGAUACAGCGGAGGAAGAGGAGGCCACGGAGGGCGCGGGGGACACGGAGCAGAAGCUGUGCAACCUGAAGGAUAUGGUAGUGGCCAUGGAGGAGGACACGGCGGGGGAGGAGGACACAACGGAGGUGGAGGAUACAGCGGAGGAAGGGGAGGCCACGGAGGGCGCGGGGGACACGGAGCAGAAGCUGUUCAGACGACUGGUCACUAA